GGUUUUCCAUGACUCGUAUAUAGAAUUAUAGAUAGUGAGACCAGUUUGUGUUUUAAAAACGUGUAUGAAUUUGAUACAAACUUAUCCACGUCCUGUCCGCCCCUGGUAAACAAACAGCCCGACAAUAGAGCACGGCGGCUGCUACUGACCUCUUCAGGGAGCAACGAAAACCCAAGCGAGAAAACAAAACCAAAACCAGGAAAUAUCACAAAUAUACAGCCAUUUUAAAGCGGUGCUCUAAUUCUCCUGCGGGGUUUUGCAGAGCGCAAAAGCGGUUAAACAUCUCACAGAGAGCUGCAUGCAGUCUUCGUGCGGAAUGCGCUGCUUGAAUAUAUGGGAACAUGUCAAAGAAAAAGGGCAGGAAGCGCAGUAGCGGGGAGCUGAGCGAUUCGGUGACCCCCGACCCAGGCAGCAUCCUGGGCUUGAGGAUCCAGCACACCUGGCGGGAGAAGGGGGCGCUGACCAAGUGGAAGGGGACGGUCCUGGACCGGCUGACCGUCAACCCUUCACUCUUCAUGGUGAAGUACGAUGGCUUCGACUGCAUCUAUGGCAUCGAGCUUUUCAAAGACGAGCGGGUCUCGCAGCUCCAGGUUCUGAGCGAGAAAGUGGUGAAUACGAAGAUCAAGGUCCCCGAGGAUGCGGAGGAGCUGGUGGGGAAGGCGGUGGAGCACCUGUUUGAGAAGGAGGACGGCGAGAAGAACGAGUGGAGGGGCAUGGUGCUUUCCCGGGCACCCAUCAUGACAAACUGGUACUACAUCACCUACGAGAAGGACCCCGUGCUCUACAUGUACCAACUGUGGGACGACUAUGAGGAUGGGGACCUGCGCAUCCUCCCCGAAGCAGAAAACAGGCACCUGCUGCCAGCGGACCGCAAGCCCGGGGAGGAGCCGGAGAGCCUGGUGGGUAAGCAGGUGGAGUACGUGACUGACAAGGGCGUGAAGAGGACCGGGCUGGUCAUCUUCCAAGUGCCGGCCAAGCCCUCCGUCUACUACAUCAAAUAUGACGACGAUUUCCACAUCCACGUGUACGACCUGGUCAAGACUUCCUAAAAGGGAUUCCAAGCUGCACUUUCCUCAUCGGUUUAGACCUCCCUGCCCCCUAGCCACACCCUGGGGAGUGCUCCUAAAGAAAGGCAUUGAGCUGUAGAACACUGGAGGGUUCUGCCAGUAGAAUCUGGUUGCCCCAGCAACAGUCUUUGAGUUCUGGUCCCCACCCCCAUGUCUAGCCGGCCCGGGAUUGCUUUCCCUGAUCAAUGAAAGUAGAUGGGGAUUUUGCAGCUUUGUAACAGUACAGUUACCACUAACUCUAUAUUUGUUUUCUUGUAAUCAGUAAGAAGCAUGCUGUUAACCUCCACUCCAAGACAAAAAAGCUACUGUUUUUAGAUUAUACAAUAAUUGUAUAACACUUUUUUUUUUUUUGUGACUAUACAUUACUGCAAGGAAGGGAUUUCAGUAUGAAGUGGGAUAGUAUAGUAAACUUCAAAGAAAAUGUUUAACAAGCAAACUGAAAGUCUGUUCAGCCCUCUGGCAUUUUAUAUUGGCUUUAAGGAAAUAAGUCACAGAAAUAAUUUAUUUAUAUAUUUUGAGUAGCAUUAAGAUUUCGCAGUAGGGAGUUGUAUACAAUUCUAGCUUUCAAAAUCUUUUCUUAACGAUGCGCUUGUGUGCAGUAGUAGGGCUGCGGUUUGUAAGAGAACUGGUUCCUGGCCCUGGCAAGCGAAGUCAAAGUUUUUAUUUUAUUUGUUUGGCGUUUUUGUUUAGAUAGAAAGAAAGCACUUAAAUAAUUCUGAGCUCUGGUUCAGAAAUGAUGGACAGUUAUCGGUAAUCCCAAUUCGCAUGACUCAAAAACAGCAGCCGACAUGCCCUGUAAAUUUUACGUGUUAAACCGGUAGCGGCCGUUUUCAAAUGAAGCUGCUGCCCCCCCCUCCCAGACUUGUACCUCUUUUCCUGCUUACAGCCGUGCUGUGUGCUCAGACUGAGUCCUGAAUGAAGCAGCUUUAUAGAAGGGAGAGGCUUUGGAGCCGUGCCCGUUAAAGGCAGCUCCCGGAGCGGGGUUCGGACAGUGAAGCGUGCUUGUAGUUUAGUUGUCCAGCUGGCUGGACAACAAGCAUGAAGCGAGUGUGUUCUGAAAUAGGUGUAAUAGGGUGCUGAAGGGAUAGAAACGCAUGCGGUGAGUCUAUAAAGCAGACAAGCGUUUCGUGCAGCGCUGCCCUCAGUGUGCUUUUACUUUUGUGCACCAGUCAAAACCCAGAUUAGAAGUAAUCUUGGACUACCUAAUGCUACCUUAGGUACAGUAAGGUAGUCCAAUAUUUGUGUGAGUCAGGGUCUGUUAAAAUGCCCCUGAGUUUUAUUUAUAUAUUGAGAGAGAGAAUUCAAA